GCGUGCACCGCCCUUCGCCAGGGUUCAAAACCCAGCAGCUGCACCUCUCACCCCAACCUUAUCCUCUCCUCACCCUCUCUCUCCCCUCCUCUCCUUUCCUCCACCGGAUGCUGCCAGGAAAAGGUGUGAUUACCGUGACGGUGGCGAAACUCAUCAGUGCCAGAUCCAAAUGGUUGUAUUGGCAAAUCAAGUACAUUAGUCGACUAGAAUAUCUCUGGGGAGAUAUAAGAAAAGGGGUGGUUGAAAUUCCAGAUUUUGUUGUUGAACAUGAUAAGAUUCUCGAGCACCGACCAUUGACAGAUUAUGGAAUAGAACAUGAUCCACUGCAUCUUACUGAUGUACCUGCUGUGGGAUACUCGCUUGGCAGAUAUGAAAAUGAGAGUGGGCUCCUGAAGAUCGAUGGUAUUCUCAAAAUUACAUUUGAACUGUUCUGUUGUAGUCAAAGGCGUACAUGAUUGUUAUUUUAUUGCAAUAGUGGACUGAGAUGGGUAAUGUCAAGUUAACUUGCUUAUAAAGUUCUGUCCUAACUUUUUGUAAAACUUUUGAGCAGAUGCAAUUUGCUGUAAUUUUAAAAUCUGUAAUUUAAAACUCUGGUUGACGUACAA